ACUAAGCAAGUAAGUGUUUUGGUUCGGACCUACAUUACGCCCCGGCUGACCCCGCACUGGUUUGGCGACCCACUCAGAACGGGUUGUGCGAUUUUCGCCCAAAACGAAAGUAAGUUACGCCACAAGUAGCUCCGACUCGGCAGACGCGGCCCUAUAAAGACCUGGUGGCCGAGGAGUGGCCCGACCAUUUGGCAGACACUCGUCGCACCCAAUGGACAGUCUACUGCCCACCUGGACUCUGGCGCUGGCCCAUCUGCUGGUCUGGGGAGUGGAGGGGGCGGCGGCGCAUGGCUUUCUCGAUGGCGAACAGCGCCCCCUGUGGAUCCUGGAGGACGGACUGGCCAAGCGGCAGCGUUUGGAACGGCCGGAGGAGGACUACGCCACCACCACAAGAGAGCCGGCACAGGGAGCGUUCAGGAGGCAGGGCAGGGGCGGCCUGGGAGGCCACGAGCCGGCAGCCAUUACGUUUUUGGUGCGGCACGAGGACGAGUCCAGACCACUGUCGCCUCCUCCUCCGGCUCGGCCUCCCUCCCAGUCGCAGCGACGCUUCAUGAUGCCCCGCCGCCUACAGCUGCCCCACCAGUACGUGCAGCCCCAAAAGAAGAGCCAGCCGUGGCACAAGAGCCAGCGCCGGGAGAGCCGGCGCCACCUGCCCGUCUUCGACAAUGGCCCGGGCGAGAACUCGCUCCGGCCGGUCGGAGGCAGCCACUACCCGGUCUUCGUGUACAACGGCACGCGCGGCGAGCUCAUCCUGAACACGAUGCUCAGCCGGCGGAGGUAUCCCAUGCAGGAGCCUGUGCCCGGGCAGGUCCUCUACCCGCCGUCCACGCCCAUGUUCCGGCCCAAGCCGAUUGUGGAGCGUUUCCGGCUGCCGGGCCAGCGGGAGGUGAUGAACCUCACCCUGAUUCCCUUCUACGCCCACGAGGCUAUCGCGGAUCCCAACACCAGGCUCUCCUCCACCCAGCAGCCGCCGCCGGCCACGCCCACGCCCCUUUUCGAGACCCAGCUGCCCAGGACCCAGGAGCUGGCGCAGUCCAGGCGACGGCCCAAGAAGGCCAAGCAGUACGAGGCCUUCCACUCGCCCCAGGAGGUGAUGCAGUGGCAGUCGGUGCUCCGCCGCUCCACGGCACACGGCAGGCACCACCCCAAGAGCAAUCAUCGCCACUACCCCAGCGAGGAAGUGGACCUCCAGGAAGACAACUCGAUCUCAGCCUCGGAGUCGGGCUCGGAGGAGGCUCCACAGGAGGAGGAUCCUGAGGGAAAGCCGCACUGGGACGAUCUGGAGGAGCAGGAGGCCACGGCAACCGAAUCCUCGACCAGCGAGGGCCCCUUCCAGAUCGUCUACCUGGACGAGAGCCUGGAGCGCCCUGUGGUGGACUCCCCCACCAGCACCACCACCCCCAGCCCCCAGGUGCUGCCCCUGCGCCAGAGCUCCCGCUACGCCCUCAAGAAGCAGUACUACGCCUUUCCGGUCUACACCCUGGGCAAGCUGCUGCAGACCCAGAGCCCCGCCGCCAAGCCAGUGCUGGAGAAGACCGAUCGGGCGGUGGGGAACUCGGAGGAGAGGGAGCUGCCCAGCAGCACCUGGUUUAUCCUGAACUCGAGGUCAGUAUUUGGCAGACAGCCUUCCAUGUCGUACUCACACCUUCCGGUAUUCCGUUCAAGGUACAAGGGCCCCCACUACCGGAGGCUGGACAACCAGACGAAGUACUACACCUCCAAGUAUGUGGGGAACGCCUUCAGGCCCCGCUGAUCGCUGGAGGAGA